CUUCUUCCUACUAGUUACGCUACCUGUAGUCACUUUACCAGGAUAUAGCAACAUGGAGGAAUCCUCCCCAGCCGACAAUGACAGCGAGCGACCUUUGAAGAAGGCUCGCUUGGACAAAACGGAGCUUAUGUCAGCCUCGAUACCUGUCGUGCCGCUUCCGGCGGAGCUCGCGUCCGUCGACUUUUCCCAGCGAAUAUCGUGGGAUAAAUACCAUCCAUACUCCGACAUCCCUCUACCGUACACGCCCCUCGGCACCGCCCCCGCGUUCGUUCCUCUUCUCCCGCUCUCUGCCACCACGUUCACGCUCUAUCGGGACGAGCCCGUGCCUGUACGGUACACCUGCAGCCGCAACCGGGACAACUACGAUCCCGGCCAUUGCCGACCCCCAUGUUCAUGCCCGUCGGUACAAAGGGCUGUCUCAAAGGAUUGGCGGUCCAGGAACUCGUGACAGAUCCCGCUCUAUCCUGCCCAAUAAUUUUGGGAAAUACCUACCACUUGGCCAUACAGCCGGGGACUGAGUUAGUGGACGAAAUGGGAGGACUCCACGCGUUUCAAGCCCAACCCUAUAACCUAUUGACCGACUCCGGGGGGUUUCAAAUGGUCUCGUUGGUCAAAUUGUCUAAAAUUACCGAAGAGGGAGUCUCGUUCCAAAAUCCGUUUCAAAAGCACACCAACGCGGACGAUGUCAGCAGCAUGUUGCUGUUGCGACCGGAAGAUUCCAUCCGACACCAAAACAACAUUGGCGCGAAUAUUAUCAUGGCCCUGGAUGACGUCGUAUCCAGUGUGAUGGAAGACGAAGCCCGGUUUGUCACGGCCACCCACCGUACCCUGCGGUGGUACGAUCGAUGUGUAGCCGCCCAUGCGAAAGCCGAUACACAAAAUUUGUUUCCUAUUGUCCAGGGCGGCUUGGACAUCGCCUUAGGUGGCAAGCGCGAACAAUGCUUAGCAGGCUUCCGUCACCGCGCGGUGACCCAAGGAUACUGUAUUCCGGGAUACGCCAUUGGUGGCUUGGCGGGAGGCGAAUCCAAGGACGAUUUCUGGAGGGUCGUGGAUCAUUGCUGCCGGGCGCUUCCCGACGACAAACCCCGUUACCUUAUGGGUGUCGGAUAUCCCUUGGACUUGGUCGUUUGCACCGCGCUGGGUUGCGACCUGUACGAUUGUGUCUACCCAACGCGCACCGCCCGCUUUGGAGUCGCACUUGUCCCAGGCCGGCAUCCGGGAACACUGCGACUCAAGGCGCACGAGUGUGCCAGCGACACCGGACCGAUCCAGGAUGGCUGCGGAUGUCAGGCGUGUCGGGAAGGUAUAUCCCGUGCGCGUUUGCACCUUCUCCUCAAGACAAACAACCCGCUGGCGGCGGAACUCGUGACACAGCACAACAUUGCCUAUAUGAUGACCUUGGUGCGGGACAUGCGCAACUCUAUUCUGCGCAACGAAUUUGCCGCGUUCGCCUCCAACUUUGUGCAACAACAAUUUCCUGGAGAGAGACAGGGUGGUGACGAGUGCCCCGCUUGGGUCAAGAAUGCGUUGGAAGCAGCUGGUGUUGGCCUCCUCAAAUAG